AUGGCAGAACCCAGCAGCGCCCUUCGAAAGCGCCGUCCAAGCGACUCGCCUGACCUUCCCACACAGGACAACGGUCAUGCUCCAUCUCUCUCCAACAAGAGACGCUUCGUCCUCGACGACCAACCCCAGCAAGACACAACAAACGGCAAACAGCCCACUCCCAACAAGAGACUCACAAACUCACUCGACAUACUCGCCGAAGCUGCCUCCCUGGUAUCACCUCUCCCGACCCGACGCCGCAAACGCGUGGUUCUGAAUACACCCUCUCCACCNCCUUCACCCAGAGAAUUCAACCUGCUCACAGCACUGGCCUCGCACGUGGAUAUCCUACUACAAAUCACUAGCUACUUACCUCCUCAGACACUACUGAACCUCUACAGUGUUUCUGCUCCGUUUCAUUAUGUCAUGGACAGUCACUUUACUGCGUUCAUCAAGGCAGCCACCACUUUCUGGGCCCCCAAUGCCGAUAAAUGCUUUCCUUGGUGGUGCUACCGUCAACUCUGCAUUGAAGACCCUGCUCUACGUCGCCCCAGACACGAUCGCAGAAGUGUGAGUUGGGAUGAUUUGGUGCCCAAGAUGGAGCCUGAGGACCUGUCCAACACAUCUGGUUCUUUUGGUUCUCAAACCUCGAGUGGAUCAGACAGUUCGCAACAAAGUGUUAAACCUGAAAGUCCGGCUGAGAGGAAACAACGGAUGACUGAACUCGCGGAUCAGAGACAACAUUCUGCGGCCCCGGUGCCGGGAUUUCGCUGGUUGAAAAUGGUGGCAUAUCGCGAAUCCGUGUGCCGAGAAAUCGUGGGUUGGAUGUGUGUACACGGCCACCGUAUCCCACGCACCGAAGGCGUGGAAGCACUNAGAAGUAUAUUUCCCUCUUCCUUCCCUCUUUUCCUUCACAUCAAACUGACAUCUACGCAGCGAAUGUGGUUUCUCCUCGACAUCCCCGUCAAUGGCCCACGCAUCUCUCUCAUCCACAAUACCGUCUUUUUCCCCAAAGAAGUGCUUGCAGUCCUCCAACUCUUCUUCAUUAAACUGGAUAUGCUGUACACAGACCCAAUACAUUGGUACGGGGGCGAGUGCUCAAUGCGCGAAUUAUUGCUUGCAGAACGCAGUCUCAGUACCCUCUGGAACUACUUGCGCGGCGCAGACGGCACUUCCAAACUCGAUACAUUGCGUCUGUGGAUCCGCCAUAGGUAUAUUCGUCCUGCACCUGCUCGUCCAAUGACAAAGCUGCAAUAUGAGCAGUAUGAGGCAAAAGCCAAGAUGCCUAUUUGUGGUGUUCCUGCCGCAUUGGUAGGGCGCUGGGGAUAUGAGUGUUGGGGAUUGGGGGAGGUGCGUUUGUUCCGUCCUGAUCAGUUGGUGAUUCGGGAGGCGGUGAGAAGGAGGAUGGGGUUGCAGAGGAUGUUUUUGUCGUAUCUGUCCUAUGGGUAUUUGGAUGGAGAGUUGAACGCUUUGCCUACUGUUGUGGAGGCUGAGGAUGUGGUGUUGAGCAUGAUGCGCAGGAAGAAGAACAGGGAAUUGAAGGACAAGGAGGAAGAUAAGAUGGAUGUUGACGGUUGA